AUGCCUCCUCCAAACGUCAAGCGGUUAGUUUUAACUGCUGCAGUAGUUUCUAUCACUAUCACGGGAACUCUUUACGGAGCUGGCCUGAAGACAAAUCAAGAAAUCGCCGAGACAACAAAACAGCGACAGGAGUCAACUUUCGAUGAGCAACUUAAGGCUCUCCAUGGUAUGCGCUCAAACUUGAACGCUCGCAGAGGCAUACUCGAAGACCAGAUACGAGACUUGGAAGCCAGGAUGUUGGAGAAGCAACAAAAAGGCAUCGGUGGUGACGAUAAAACCCAGCCAAAUGGAGGACGAUGA